UAGUCCGGGUCGGAUACGGAUCGACCCGGGUUUCAGAUCCCGACGUGUGCGCUUCUUCGCUCUUGUAAUAAUAUAUCUUUCUCACCAAUCAUCAUCGUCCUUGUCCUUAAACGCGUCAGGAGAGGAGAAAUAUCAGAUUCAAUCGGCGUCUGACAUCUUAAGAUCCAGAACUCGUCGGAAAAUGUCUACGUUCAGUGGCGAUGAAACCGCUCCUUUCUUCGGCUUCCUUGGCGCUGCCGCAGCCCUCGUCUUCUCCUGCAUGGGAGCUGCAUAUGGAACAGCCAAGAGUGGUGUGGGAGUGGCAUCGAUGGGUGUGAUGAGACCUGAGUUGGUGAUGAAGUCUAUUGUCCCUGUUGUUAUGGCUGGUGUUUUGGGUAUCUACGGUUUGAUUAUUGCUGUUAUCAUCAGUACCGGGAUUAACCCCAAGGCUAAAUCUUACUACCUCUUCGACGGAUAUGCACAUCUCUCUUCUGGUCUCGCUUGUGGACUUGCUGGUCUCUCUGCUGGAAUGGCCAUUGGUAUUGUUGGUGAUGCUGGUGUCAGGGCCAAUGCUCAGCAGCCAAAGCUUUUCGUUGGUAUGAUUCUUAUCCUCAUUUUCGCUGAAGCUCUGGCUCUGUACGGUCUCAUCGUGGGGAUCAUCUUGUCCUCCCGAGCUGGUCAGUCCAGAGCCGAAUGAGGAAGAGAAUGAUUCUUUCUUCUUGGAUUCGGCGUGAUUCUUUCUUUUGGUUUUUGCCACCGGUCUCACUCUUCAUCGAGCCGGGAUCUUUUUUUAUGUUAUUUUUUAUCAGGUUAGUAGAGGCACAAUGUGGUUUUGCUACGUGUAGACAAAAACCACACCUCAUCAAACUGUUGUUUGUUUUCUCUCUUCUGUUACGUGUAGACAAGAUGUAACUGAUUUAUGUUUUUAUCACUCCAAUAAAUCACAGAAAACUCGAUUUGAUCUU